CCGGCUCCCGAGCCACAGCAAUUACCCAGCUCAGCGGCUGCCGAACCCCCUCCGCUUCCCGGCUCUCCAGGUCGAGAAGGGCGCUGCUCGCCACCUGCCUUUCUUUCUACAGUUCGACGCACUUUGGUGGCGGUGCCGCUACUCUCCUUCCCGAGUUCCUAACUUCCUAACUAGGAGGGCGGGCGUUGUCUGCCUGUGUGCUUUUGGCGAUUCGGGGGCUUGGGCUCGGAUCUGCGCGUGCCUUCCUCCGGACCCGAGCGAGGCUCGGGCGCGAAUUUGGGGCGGAUCAGCGCAGAUCUGGAGGCACAUGAGGAGGAGGAGGCGGAGGGGUAGCGGGAGCGAUGCGGUGCUUCUGCGAAGGGCUUGAGCCGACCUGGGAAGGUGAUUCUGGAGGAGGUGGCGGUGGCUGCGGAGGCGGAGGGGGAGGCUGGAGGAGGGAUGGAAGACGUCGUAGCAGUCGUGGCGUCACUCUCCGCGCCGCCGGCGCCGGCGUUUAGCCCCGCCGCGGCGGGGCUCACGCUGAUCGCCGCGGCGGUCGCGGACCCGAUCGCCGCGGUGGUCGUCGGAGCCAUGGAGGGGGUCUCCGUGCCCGUGACUGUGCCCCCGGUCAGGACGGCGUCCGCGGUGGACGACGACGCGCUGGCGCCGGGAGAGGAAGGGGGAGACGCCUCUUUGGCCGGGAGCCCGUGCUCGGUGGUCAGCGACUGUAGCAGCGUGGCCAGCGCUGAUUUCGAGGGGGUCGGGCUGUGUUUCUUCGGCGCGGCAGCAGGCGCGGAGGGUGGUCCCAUGGUGUUGGAGGACUCGACCGCGUCUGCAGCCACGGUCGAGGCGGAGGCCAGGGUCGCGGCUGGUGGGAGGAGUGUCUUCGCCGUGGACUGCGUGCCGCUGUGGGGCUACACUUCCAUAUGCGGCCGCCGUCCGGAGAUGGAGGAUGCCGUUGCUAUAGUGCCGCGAUUCUUUGACUUGCCACUCUGGUUGCUCACCGGCAAUGCGAUGGUCGAUGGCCUCGAUCCCAUGACGUUCCGCUUACCUGCACAUUUCUUUGGUGUCUAUGACGGACACGGUGGUGCACAGGUAGCAAAUUACUGUCGGGAACGCCUCCAUGUGGCCCUACUGGAGCAGCUGAGCAGGAUAGAGGAGACUGCGUGUGCAGCUAACUUGGGAGACAUGGAGUUCAAGAAACAGUGGGAAAAGGUCUUUGUGGAUUCUUAUGCUAGAGUGGAUGACGAGGUUGGGGGAAACACGAUGAGGGGAGGUGGUGAAGAAGCAGGCACAAGUGAUGCUGCUAUGACACUCGUGCCAGAACCUGUGGCACCUGAGACGGUGGGUUCGACGGCGGUCGUCGCUGUCAUCUGCUCCUCACAUAUCAUUGUCUCCAACUGUGGAGAUUCACGGGCAGUGCUCUGCCGAGGCAAGCAGCCUGUGCCUCUGUCGGUGGAUCAUAAACCUAACAGGGAGGAUGAGUAUGCAAGGAUUGAGGCAGAGGGUGGCAAGGUCAUACAAUGGAACGGUUAUCGAGUUUUCGGUGUUCUUGCAAUGUCGCGAUCAAUUGGUGACAGAUAUCUGAAGCCAUGGAUAAUUCCAGUCCCAGAGGUAACAAUAGUUCCGCGGGCUAAGGAUGACGAGUGCCUUAUUCUUGCCAGUGACGGCCUCUGGGAUGUAAUGUCAAAUGAAGAGGUAUGUGAAAUCGCUCGCAAGCGGAUACUUCUGUGGCACAAAAAGAACAGCACAAGCUCAUCAUCAGCCCCACGGGUUGGUGACUCCGCAGACUCAGCCGCUCAAGCGGCUGCUGAAUGCUUGUCAAAGCUUGCUCUUCAGAAGGGGAGCAAAGACAACAUUACUGUCGUGGUAGUUGAUCUGAAAGCACAGCGCAAGUUCAAGAGCAAAACUUAACCGUGACAAGCGUAGCAACAAGUUGCUAAGAACCUAUAGAUUCGGACAGUCCCAAGUUCGGUCAUUUUAGUUCGCUGCUUUAGUGCAUUGCUUAGCCCAGUUCCUUAUUUUUCUCAGUUCUUUUUAAGCCAUGCCAAGGGCUGUAUUCCCCGUAUACGGUACAGAUCGCGAAAUCCCUAUCAGGGAUGGUUUGGUGAUAUCAGGGUUUAUAUGUUUUCCU